CACAGGGACUAUAGCUCGUGGCAAGUUUGUCCCCGCAUAAUAUAAUAGCACUCACCAAACAAAGCUUGUUCCAACAAUUCUCAUCGACACCGUUACAUAAUCGCAACAAUAUUUUCAUUAAAAAAUGUCUCAAGUUGCGAAGGACUUGACAACUGCCUCGCUUGAGGAGAUAGUCAAGUGUCUGAAUCUCACUGCACAUCCAGAGGGUGGCUUUUACACGGAGAGCUACCGCUGCGAUCGUAAGAGUGAGAAUGGCCAGUCGCACUGUUCAGCUAUCUACUACCUGAUGACGAAGGAACACGGCCUAGCAUGGCAUAAACUCAAUGGACUCGAUGAAAUGUUUCACUUCUAUGCUGGCGCUCCGGUGGAAAUCAGUCUGGCAUCGCCGGAAGGUGCCUUCCUGGAGAAGAAAAUCUGCGGCUUGGAUAUCUUCGGGGGGCAGCGACCUCAAGUGUUGGUUCCAGCUGAUCAUUGGCAGAGUGCGAAGUGUCUGGGGGAAUGGACACUCUAUGGUGUCAUAGUCAGUCCUGGAUUCGAGAUCCAGUACUCGGAGCAAGCCCCAGAUGGCUGGAAACCAACUGGGAUUUAGAGUGAUGGGUCUUCGAGUCUUCUUUUGAGUCCAACAUCUACUCUUCAAAAUGAUGUUUCGGGGAGGAUUUGGCGCAUCUCACGCACGGCCAACAGGUCAUCUCCUCACAUCUCAGCUAUAGUCUCAUUGACUUACGGAGGACAAAACUAUACUCUUCUACAUCUUGAUGCCUUCCAUUUUUCAGAUAAACUGGAACUAAACAAUGAACAUUAUCAAAAUCAAAAGGACCAUAACGGCUGAGCAAUUUUGAGCAGGUCGACAUUGAACUCUUCAUCUUGAACUUCACUCAACCCAUUUCCUUUUUUUUAGUAAAUGAAUCUAGAGACAUGCUUGUUUUUCAGUUAUUUGUCAAUCUUUUCUUGCGAUAUAAAACAUAAUAAUUAUGCCUGCUUUCCGAAACUAUAAUGUAAUUUAUACUGAACUAUAGGUUUGGGUCGAAUUUUUCCACUUUUGCCGGGCUAGUCUUCGAUCAAGUGGCUUGAUGUGAUUAUUAUUUUUUUUUAUUAAUGGUUGUUUUAAUCUGAAUAAAAAACAACCAAAAGGUUGACAACAUUCAAA